AUGGUAAAGAAAAAAGACAAGAUGACGAGAGGAAGGAGGUCUGCUCUGGCCAUUCAACAAGCAAGAAUCGGCAAUUUGACCGUGGCCAAAACGACACCAGGAGGUUUUUAUUUUCCAUUAUUGGGAGAAAGCGAACCUUCAAGUGAUCCGCUCAUCAUCCAAGCCACCGUAUUCAACGUUGACGUCCGGAGGGUAUAUCUGGACGGUGGAAGUGAGUGUGACGUUAUCUUCGAGCACUGCUUCCUCAAAAUGCCAGAAUCCAUACGAGCCCGAAGGACAGAUCCCCGGGGACCAUUGGUAGGUUUUUCCGGAGAGCAUGCAUGGCCGUUAGGAGAAGUCGAUCUAGACGUGACCAUCACAGAUGGGAUACACGAACGGACGGAGACGCUAGAUCUCUCGAUAGUACGAUCUCCAUCCCCCUACAAUAUAAUUUUGGGAAGACCUGCGAUGCAAAGGAUGAAAAUGGUCCCCUCUGUCAUCCAUAGGGUCAUUAAAUUCCAAUCUGAAACAGGGAUAGGAUCGAUCCACUCCUCUUACGAACCAAUAAAACAAAUCAAUGAUGUGAAAAGGGUGGAUGAUGACGUCCCCCCUACCCCCAUGGAAACGCAAGAAGAAGAGGACGCAACAAAGUUGGUAAUUAAUCCAAACUUUCCCGAACAAACGAUCUCCAUAGGUGCUCAACUUUCAGAAGGGUGCAAGCACUAA